ACUCCUAUUAGGAAAUGCGGCAACGAUACCCAUUCAAAAAGUAAAAGGGUGUGACAAAUAAUAACCUAGUAGAUGGAGGGCCUAAGCGAAAUAUAAUAAUCUGGAGCACCGGUUAGAAUAGCUAUAUAGGCUCAAAGGCAGCUAUCGUGUCAUUAACGAAUCCAUGGCUUCAUCGCUUAACUCCUCCGUAAUUCUCGCGUCUCUCCCCGACGCUAGAUGUUCCACUGCCGCCGUGACUCGUUUCCCGUUACACCAGGCGCCGCCGCAGGUCGGCGGCAGGAACCUCGCGGUGCUUUGGAGGUGGAAGAGGAAGAGGAAGAAGAAGAGCAGCAGCAGCUUCGUUGUUUUCAGCAAAAAGCAGCAGGAGAACUCGUUGCAGUACAGAAAACUCGGGGACUCCGACCUCGUAAUCAGCGAAAUCACUCUCGGCACUAUGACUUACGGCCAGCAGAAUACGGAGAAAGAGGCUCACGAGCAGCUCAGCUACGCGUUUGAGCACUUCACCAAACUAUACGUGCCACUACGAAUUAGAAUACACUCCAUGCCUGAUCGGUAUGUUCCAUUAUCUGGGGAAUAUCUGUAUGAUCAUUCAAAGUGGAGGGAAAGUGUACCGUUUGCUGAGCAACUGAGGGGAUUCCAAGAACUCAUUGAUGAGGGGAAGGUGAGGUACAUUGGCGUUUCCAAUGAAACAUCAUAUGGAGCCAUGGUUGUUCAUGCUGCAAAAGUUGAAGGACUACCAAAAAUUGUCAGCAUCCAAAAUAAUUAUAGUAUGCUGGUUAGGUGCAAAUUCGAAAUCGACCUGGUUGAAGUGUGCCAUCCAAAAAAUUACAACAUUGGUUUGCUUGCUUAUUCUCCCCUUUCCGGUGGAUCAUUGAGCGGGAAGUAUCUAGACAUCAACUCGGAAGCUGCAAAGAAAGGCAGGCUUAACCUAUUUCCUGGCUACAUGGAAAGAUACAAUAAAUCUUUCGCUAAGGAAGUUACGAUCAAGUACCUCGAGGUGGCAAAGAAACAUGGGCUGAGUCUAGUUGAGUUAGCUCUUGCAUUUGCACGAGACCGACCAUUUGUAACCAGCUCGAUCAUAGGCGCCACUACUAUGGACCAACUAAGAGAAAACGUCGAUGCAUUUUUGAUGACUGAGAGGCCUCUGCCUCCUGAGGUGACACAGGAUAUUGAAUCUGUUUUCAAAAAAUUCAAAGAUCCCGCAAUUGAUUAGGCUAGUGAAUCCAAACUAUAACCCCUUGUGUUUCUCUGAAUAUUUUCUCAGAUUUUAGUGAAAAAACAUUACUGUGAUCAAUAAUCUUCACUAUUCACAUGUAUUCAUGUCAACAUGUGGGAGAAGACAAUAGAAAAGAUUGCAUGUAUUGUCACUUGAGAUUCUUUUUCUUUUUUGAGGGAAUGGAAUAUUAUUUGCUACGAUACA